UUUUUUAGCUUUUCAAAAUAAAGGAGACAGCACUACGCUUUGUUUAGCGAACAGCUGUUCGUAGAUAUAUCCAUCCCACUCCUACUCGCAGCGCUACCACAGCAACAACAACGAAAGCGUAAACAAUCCGAUUUUGAAUCGGAAUUACCUGAGAAAUAACACCCCGGAAACCACACAACCCCCACCAAAAUGUCCGGCAAGGACGAUCGAUUCAAGGAAAAGCGAAGGAACAUGAAGCAGUACAAUCAUCAUCACAAAAAGGAUCAAGGGCGUUCGACCACAUCAUCGGGAUCCCCGCCUCCCACCUCGCGGCGCAGCAUGGUGGAUGUGGCGGACUCCAGCGAUGAGCCUCGGUUUCCGCGUCGUGGCAAUUGGCAAUCCAGUGGAGGAGCUGGUCGCUCGUCGUUGGCACCGCAAAGGAACCGGGAUUUGCUAGACACGCUGCCUAGCGACACCGACGAUGUGGGGCCGAUGGGCCUGGAUGGCGCACCCAUCGAUGAGAAUGCCAGGGCUCAGAUGCGAGCCGGUGACUUCCAGCAGUUGGCCCAGUUUCCCAGUUUAGGCGGAGGACACUUCACCUUUGGCUCGGAACGCGAGUGGGCAAGCGUGGCCGAGGGUCAGACCAAACUGCACACCAAGGCGGCCAGUGGUUACUUCACCUUGAACCUAACACGUUUAAACGCUGGUUUGCAGACCAUUCCGUUCUACAAGCGGAUGGAUUAUCCCGCUGGGUUGUUCACCCGGGCACAGAUCGUUGCCCAAGAAGAGGCCGCCGAACGAGCCGAGGCUGUUUACCAGCAGCGGAUUCUGAAGGAUGCAAACGGAGGUACCAAAUCCCGAGCCGCGUCAGCUAAAUCGAACAAAGACGCAGCUCUUGCAGCUGAAAAGCCAGCUUCUGCUGCUCCAGCUGAACCCGAUGAACUCGACGAGCUCCUGGCCAUGACCAACACCCAACUCGAUAUGGGUUCCUCUGGAAUCGGACCCAUUACCAUGCCAAUGCCCAUGCCCUUGGUGCAACCGGCCACUCCCUCGUCGGCAGCCAGCAAAAACGAAGUAGAACAGUGGCUGGAUUCUGUUUUGGACGAGUAAACAUCCAGGAUCUUUUUUAAGGAUAUCAGAAGAACAUAAUACUAAAGUUGGAGCACUUUCCGGAUUGAUUGCAGAGCUUUUUAAGCUUGUUACGCUUAUACGAGAUUGUAAAAUCACUAAGUGCUUGCCUUUAUUAAGUAAAAUUAUGUACAACAUAAAUAUUAAAAUCCCUAAUUUUUUUUAAAUUAGUUUAGCAGUCAAAGCUGUAGCUUUUGAAUUGUAACAAUUAAAAUGACGCGAUGCUUAAGCUG